AUGAUGCUCAUCACGACCGGCGUAUUGCUCUUCUUCUCUUUGAUCGCAGUUUCGCUCAGAUUGUACUGCCGAGCUAUACUCGUACGUUGUGUGGGGUUGGACGACUACUUCAUGCUCGUCGCCCUGAUAGUAGCCAUUGGCUUGGGCAUCAUGAACGGUUUUCAAGUCAGCUAUGGUACCGGACGGCAAUCUAAAGAUCUCAACUUCGACCACUUCUUGAUACCCACUCUCAAACACUGGUAUGCAUACCAAUUGGUCUACCCAUGGGCGCUAUUCUGCGUGAAAGCCAGCAUCUUAGCACUGUACCACCGGAUCUUCACGCACCAUAGCUUUCGACGCUGGAUAUACUAUGCUGCAGGCUUUAUCAUCAUACAGACCAUCACUGUUACUUUCAUCAACGCUUUCGAAUGUGGCACCAAGCCCUCCCGAGCCUGGUCGGCCAAGUUCCCAGAAGGCUGCAAUGAUAUGCCAAGGACGUACUUCGCUAUGGCAUCCGUAAACAUCAUCACCGACAUAGUCAUCUUGAUAAUGCCGUUCAAAGUCUUCAAGCAACUCAACAUGCACCCACGAAAGCGCUUCGCGCUUAUGGGCAUUUUCAUGGUAGGAGGCAUCGCAGUGAUAGCUUCUAUCAUGCGCCUCUACGCACUCUACGUCUUCGCCGUAUCCAAAGAUAUUCCAUACGAUGACAUCUUCAUCCUCCUCCUCUCCCAGAUCGAAGUGAACGUAGCCAUGAUCUCCGCCUCCGCGCCUGCCUACCGACCCCUCUUCAACAAGGUCUUCUCUUCAUCCUCUUCGUCCCCCUACGUUCGACCCGCCAGCGACUAUCCCACAGUUGGCAGUGGAAGGCCUGCUUACAAUCGACGACGGAAAGCUUCUCGCGAUCAGAUGGAGUUGUUCUCGGUGCUAUCAACAGGAAAGAGAGCGAGCAAAACUCAUGCGAGGAACACGAGCGAAGAAAGCAUUCUGGGUGAGGAGGGCAUAAGGAAGACCAUUGAUGUCAGAGUUAUUGAAGAAGAGGAGAAGGAGAGACAGAAUGGGGAAGACAGGAAUGAUCCAGCGUAUUGGCGAGGUGCAUGA